UAAUAACGAGAAACUUAUCUCGUUAUUACGAGAAACCUAUCACGUUAUAACGACAUACUUUCUCGUAAUAACGACAUAGUUGUUUACAGUAAAACGUCAUCUUCUCGCGGGACAUUUCAUUCUCGUCUUGAUGACCUGUGGGAAAAGAUGGAGAAUCAGCGGGAGCCUCUUUAUUCCUUUUUAAGGGAUAGAAAUGUGUCAGAGGACAGAAUUUCCACCAUGAGGAAUGACAAAAUUGACAUAUCAGUUAUUGGAAGCAUGGAUGAUGACAGCUUGGCCACCUACGUUCCAAUCUACGGUGACAGGAUUGCCACACGAAGGUUUUGCUCUGAAUAUAAAAAGAAAGGUGAGAGAGAUGCACAACGCCAGUCAUUGCUUCAAAAACUAAAAAGAAAGAUGGGAUUUGACACACAACCAGAAGGCCCUGACCAUGGAGAACAUGAUACAACUCAAACACAUCCAAGGGCAUAUUUGAAGAACAACAAGCUGGCUGUGAGAAAGACCAGAAAGGUUGAGUUAGGAUGGAUACACGAAGGAAAGCAGCUACACAAGAAAAAUGGAGGUGGAACAAGGAGAAUAGAUUUGCCAAAGGAAGCAAAAAAGGCUGACAUUUUAAGCAUUGCAAAGGAACUAUUUUUUCCAAAUGGAAGAUCUAAAAAGGGACAACUGGAGGAUUUUACUUUUGAUAUUUUAGAUUAUCAAGAGGAUGCAGUAUUAGAUGAAAACACCACAGUAGGAGAACUUUAUUCCCUGCUAAAAAUGGGAACGUUAAGAUUUUAUCUUUGCACAAGAGAACGGAAGGAAUCAAGAAUCCCAGAAAUCAGUAUUCCAGAUGACCGCAUGGACCACGAUGAGCCAGAGGAUGAAAACAGCUCCUCAUAUUCAUCUAACUUCUCAGAGGUCCUGAUAGGUCCUCACACUGGUGAACCUCUGGCAUGGCAACUGGAAGACACUCUGCCCAUUUCAUCAAGUGAUGAAGGGGAAUCUGUGAGUCUUAAUCUUACUUCAGCCACCCUGAACUUAAGUUCUGUGAACCAGUUUGUCUCAAACAACUCUGCACCAACGAUAGCUACCUCCACUGAAGAGCCUGAACCUGCUCUUAUGCUCCCACCAUCUGCUGUGUCUAUUUUGUCAAGUUAUGAAGGAGACUCGGCAGUUCUUCUUAUUCCUUCUUCUGCCCUUGAGCUGGCAAGUCAAAGCAAUAUCACAACCAGUGAUGUGCCAUCUACAUCCAGUGUUACUGAGCAGCCUGCAUCUACCUCUGUGUCCCACAUACCUAGUAUGACUUCAUCAGAUAAUGAAGCACACAGUAAUACUGAGCUGUCCGGAUAUGACACGAUUAAUGUUAACAUUAAACUUCAUAGGACAAUGCUUAUGGAUGAACUGAUAACACAGUUCAAAGAUCCCAGCUUGCUCACCUGUCCUUUAAAAUUUAGUUUUAUCGAUGAAAUAGGAGCAGAUGCAGAUGGAGUUUCUAGAGAUGUCUAUUCUGCUUUCUGGACAGAGUUUUUAGACAGUGCUGCUGAAGGGCAAGACAUGAGAGUUCCAUUACUUUCCCCAAAGUGGCAGGAGGAAGAAUGGAAAUCUGUUGGACGGAUCCUUGUAAAGGGGUUCCUAGACCAUGGCUAUUUCCCAAGCCGCCUUGCACCAGCUUUCACAGUGGCGCUGGUUUUUGGUGAGCACUUGGUGUCACCUGACUUGCUAUUUGAGUCACUCCUCUUUUACAUCAGUCCAGAAGAGAGAGAUCUUGUGAACAAGGCUUUGCUGGAGGAUCUUCUUGGUGAAGAGCAUGAGGAACUGCUUGAUUUAUUAGAUCGUGUGGGUGCUAAAUUUAUCCCAACAAGAGAAAACUUGAAAGCUGUGCUUUUAAAUGUUGCACAUAAGCUGAUCAUUCAACAGCCAAAAUAUGCUCUUGAUAAAAUGUCAGAAGUUGCAAGAACAACAUUUGCACAUGUCUUCAAGAGCCAACUAAAAAUUCAAGAAAUGUAUGAAAACAUGACACCUACACCAAGAAAGGUUCUGAAAUUAUUAGAUGCUAAUCCUACUACACAAGCUGAGAGCCAGAGUCUGAGGUACUUACAGCAGUACAUCAGAGGACUUGAUCAGGCAGGUCUCAGAAGGUUUCUGCGAUUUACAACUGGCUCAGAUGUGCUUUGUGUUACUAAAAUCGAAGUUCUCUUCACACCCUUAGAUGGAGUAGCACGGCGGCUAGUAGCACAUACAUGUGGUCCAGUUCUGGAGCUACCUUGGACAUACUUGUCCUUCCCAGAGCUGCGUGUGGAGCUCGACAAUAUACUGAGCAGCAACAGCUGCUAUUUUAUGAACAUUGCGUAA